AUGGUAACUGAAGCAGCUCAAGAGAGCCUUCAGAAAACCACCACUACCCCCACCAAUGCCGAUACGAGUCUGGAAACUGAGUUCAUUGAUAUUCCAGAAAUCCCCCCCCCGCUCGUGGUCAAGGGCGAUCUCGAUAUUGCCAAUGGUCCUCAAGAACAGCCAGUUAAAGUUUGGGUCAGUCCCGAUACUCCAUUGAGCUUUAUCAGUGGCACAUUAGCCCGCCGGUUGUGUACCCCAAUACCAUUGAGAAAUCAGCAACAAAUGAGAGGGCAGAUCAAUGGGUUACUCACUCACGGCGUCAAAGGACGCGUUGUCGUUGACGACAUCCGUUAUGACGGCCCGUUUGUCGUUGCUCCCCACGAUCUCCCGCUCGGGGUUGAUGUCAUCCUUGGCCAUGAAUCCAUCAAACCCCAAAUGAGAAAAAUCGACUGGGAGUGGCUUGCCGAACAAGCUAAGCUUACCUGGGACGCCGUGGCUGCCGAGGAAGCUACGCACAAUAAGAACACUGAAGCCAAUAACAUUGAUAAUAAUGUCAAUGUUAACGAAGACAAUGUUAAAAACACUGUUCACAAUUCGACAACUAACGAUUCCAUUUUGGAAAAGAAUAAUCCCAUUCCGAAAACUAACGUUCCCAAAGCGAACACUGAUGAUUCCAUUGCAAACUCUAAUAAUAUUAAGGUGGAACAUACCAUGAAUGAAACCAGAACCGAUGAAAAUGAUGCGGAAAUGACAAUAGAUGAUAACAACUUGAAGGUUGAUGAAACUAAUAACACCUCAAAUGAUAUGAAUAUCUUUGUGGAUAAAGACGACAUUAACGUUCGUGUGAAAAGUACCGACAACGACAUUGACAUUGACAAUGUUGAUGAAGCUAAUCCGAACUUGAACCAAGCUAUUUCAAAGAACGAAGCCAUUCCAAACAUUAACGCUGAUGCGAAAAAUGAAGCUAUUCCGAAAAUCGAAGAUAUCAUCACCAGCACCACCGGUGAUGAUGGUAACACGGAUGAUAUUGAUAUUGAUGAAGCUAUCAAUGAUACCGACCACAAGACGAUCAAGGUCAAUGGGAAUAGUACGAAUCCCACAUUAGAAGUGGACAAUGCCGCGAAUGUGGAUAGCACUGGUCCAAUCGCUGACGAUGCUAAAAUAGACAAAGAUCAUGACAUGGAUGAGGUUACUAAGCUGACCCCGAAUGUGAAUGACUCUGGUCCUCUUCGAAAUGAUGCAAGUCCUGUCGAGGAAACCAGUAAUGUCGAUGACGCUAGUGCUGAAAUCGUGGACCCAUCCAUGGACAAAAAUGAGGAGCAUGAAACCACUGCGAAUCCACCAUCUACGCAACGAGAGCUUGGACCCGUCUGUUUCGUGAGUGCCGAAGAAUUGGGCCGAUUAACGAGAAAGAUUAAUUACAAUAAAGUUUGCUUUGGGCUGAUUCGACUUUACUACAACGAAAACAAGCCCAAAGAAGAAUGCGAUAUUGGCAUCACCAUGUUCCGCGGUGCGGGGAAGUGGAAGAACACGACGAGGCUGGACCCUAACUUGUUUGGGGGUAAGGCAGUGGAGACUAUGAUGAGGCACGUCACCGACCGCGAGGUGAAAGACACCUUGGCGCAAUAUCUGGACGUGUUUUCAACCCGCACUUUUGACCAAGAAACUGGCGAACUUUGGAAUCUCAGCGAGCAAGAGGUGAGUAUAUUGACCAACACCGUGCGCAAAUUGAUUAGAGAAGGGUCCGUCAAGCCCACUACCGCCAGUACGUACACCCCGCAGAUCCACUUUUUGAGAAAAACACGCGACACCUUUGCCAUGUGCAUCGACUGCCGUGGGCUCAGUCCCGAAAUGGACCGCUACAUCUACCAGCUGAAACCGAACAGUCUGGUGCUACGGGCGUUGGUGGGGCGGAGGUUGAUGUCACGGCUUAAAACGACCCGCAUCAGUCCCGUCGACGGUGGUGGGCGCAACUACACCCGCUGCUACUCGCGGAUAUAUGAGUACGCCCACACCCGCAUUCCUUUCAAUAACGACAAGGUCGCGCUCAUGCAGACGGUGGAUUCGGUGCUAUACGGGGUUCCCGGCGGCGGUAUCAAGGUAUACAUGGACGAGAUCAUCAUCGCCACCGACAACGUCAGCGCUCAUGUCACCGCCCUCCGCGAAGUACUUCGCCGGUUGCAAAACGCCAAGAUUGUGCUCGAUCCGGCGCUGUGCCGGUUUCUUCUGUACCGGGGGACGUUCAUGGGCUAUGAGUUGUCACUGAGGGGGCUCACGGUGCCGCAGGCGGUGAAACGGGAGGUUCUUCUGCUUGCGGUGCCGCGAACUCCCGCCGACUACGCCAGUGUGCUACCUUUAUUCGACUUCUAUAAGACGUUUGUCAGCCAGUACGCCUACCUCGUACAACGGCUCCAUCGAGCGGCGGACGGCAGCGAUAUCGGCGCCACCCUGGUGGAGGCGUUUGAAGCCAUUGUACAGAGCAUCGCCACCAGCACUGGCCUCAAACCGGCGGUGCCCCGCGUUAAGUGUAUCAUUCAAUUGUUCGUCGCCGACAAUGCCGUCGGCGCCGACGUGUUCCAGUAUACCGGUCAGACUCCACGGUGUGUGGGUAAGCACUCGAUAGUGCUUGGACCCAAGGAGGCGCACUUGCCAAUGUAUCAAAAGGAAACGAUCGCCUUGUUGGAAGCAUUUAAAGUGUUUAAGGUUUUGUCCAAUGGCGACAGGCCAAUGGUGGUGAAAUACUCCUACCGCGGUGUCGACGCCAAAAGCGACCAUAGUGAUGGCAACUCCCACCGGUCACGAGAGCCCCUGUGGCUCACUACUCGCUUGGAGAGGUUGUACGAGCCCCACGAGGUUGACGACGAUAAAUUGGGCCAGGCCCGCAAGGUGUAUGCCCCCAGCUACUGGCUGGGCCGCAUGGACGCCACCCAGCGCGAGCUUGCGGCGGAGAGUGAAGAUCUUGCCGUCAUCGCCAUCUACGCCACGUUGACCCACACGAAAUUUGAAGUGGUUAACAAACGGCGGUUUGCCGACUUAUUGCGUUCUGACCCCUCCGUCAGUGUCAUCCACCAGAUCUGCUCUGAAGGAGGCAAACGAGACGACCCUGAGGAGCGAGAUAUCGUGAGACAGUUCCACGUCGACGACGAUGGUCUCCUCUGGCGUAGCCACCGGCUCGUGCUCCCGCAGUACCUUGUGCGACCCAUCAUUGACGCCCAGAUGGAUAUGAUCACCCAGGGCCCCCUCGAGACGUGGUGGGCGCUCGUGAGGACGUUCUACGUCCCCGACUUGUACCGGGAGAUCCGCUUGAUGACGGUAUCCGAGGCCAAGGGACUCAACAUCGGCGACUUCACCCAGUACGCCCACCUUGUCCCCAAGCUCUUCCACACGAUCCACCUCGAGCUCUGCAAACCUAUGGGCCAGGGCUCGUCCGACGACGCCGGGGUGGUGGUGGCGGUGUGUUCGAUGCUGAGACUUACCAUCUACAUCCCUUGUCUCCACCCUCAUACGCCGUCGCAGUUGUAUUCCUUGCUCGAAACCCACGUGUUUGACUUUUUCGGUAUCCCCGAAGAGAUCAUCACCAGCGAUACCAAUUACUGGCGCCAUUUCCGCGAGCACGACAUCGCCGUCACCGUCGCUCAAAAAGACGGGUCCCUGGUCGGGAAAAGCGUGUACGGUGCCGUCAACCACAUUAAGGCGCUCAUGGCCGCCAAGCCCACCGACUGGCACCAUUACCUCUCCAUUGCCCAGUACGUGGUCAACGCCGCUUACAAGUGUGGCCUCGGCAUGUCGGCCAUGGAGGCUCUCCACGGGCGGGCCCCUCACAAAAUGAGCCGCCUCCGUCACAUUAAGCGGCGGAACACCUAUAACACCCAUGACUUGAACAUAUUAGAAGUGUGCUGGACACAAGAAGCCCAGGCGGCGUUUAUCGACAGGGUGGAGGCGGUGGACCGGGCAAUCGCCACCCACACUCGCCUCGAGAACCUGCGGUCGCUUGAGUUUGAGGACGAGGAUCCUGAUAACCCCAAAUUUGCCGUGGGCGACCUCGUGUUUGUCUCCGAUACCAACGACGGUAAACCCUCGACAACAUCCCGCUACGGCCCGUUCAUGGUGUUGGGACGGGCGACAGACAGAAACGACUCCACGUGGAAUGUCGACAUCGACGGCGAUAUCUAUCAGGUGGACGUGGCCCAAAUUAACAAGUAUAGCCCCCGCAAACGCUACACCCCGACGCCGCAGAGUCUGAUGGAGGUGAUGAAGCGCCCCAACGAAAUCGUCGGGGUGCCCCAAGUGAUCUUCCCGCACACCGCCCCUGACCGAGAGGGGUGGGUGUAUCUCCAGUUCAAGGGCUGCCAGCCGUUUGACUACGCGCGAGUAAGGCCCAACUUGGUGGGCAAAAACCUCUCGUUGCAGGUGCGCCAGUUAUUGCUUGACAAGUUCCUGAUUGGCGGCAAGCCAGAGUCGGAAAUGCGGGCGUUCAGAAAUAUCGCGUUCCACCCCCACGAGAGUGUGAAGUCCUCGCCUGCGAGUAGUGCUAGAGACUUUUCUGCAGGCGCAGACGACGACUCCGAUUCCCUGUGGCCCUCUCCCGUCGACUUUCGGGGGUCGCCACUGGCUCACGACUCGGUAGGGGUGAAAUCAGAGCCCGAUCUCUUUGCUGGAUUAUUGCCCCAGAAGGCGGGGACAGCAGCUCGACACCCGCCUCGCCCAAGAUCGCUUAAACGUAGACUUGAGCCCCAAUCACCACGGGAGUCCACCGCUCGCCAAUUGCCCAAGAGACCCCGGGCCCCUGCGGCCAACGACGACACGAACCAGGACUCACCUACCGUUCACCAGAUCUUGCGAGAUUUGAAGUGA